AUGGAUCAAGGUGUGCGGCCUUCUGUGGUGACAAUUAGUGUGCUCAUAGAUGAACGUUGCAAGAAAGGGAAAUUGCACGAAGCAAAUAGGUUCUUGGAGCUUAUGAUUCAGAGAGGUGUGGUUCCUAACGUUUAUACUUACAACAUUUUAAUGAAUGGAUUGUGUAAAACAGGGAAGAUAAGUCCUGCCAUUAAGUUGCUUGAAGAAUUGGCUAAGGGAAAUGAAGAAUCUGGUGUUAUUUGUAGGCCAAAUUUUGUUACUUAUAGUACUAUAAUUGAUGGUCUUUGGAAGUUUGGAUUAGUUAAGAAGGCGAUAGACUUGAAUUUCGAAAUGAAGAGUUCGGGAACUACUCCAAACGUAGUCACUUAUAGCAUUUUGAUCAAUAUGCUUUGUAAAAAUGGACAACUAGAAAAGCCAAAUGAGUUGUUGUCACAUAUGGAGGAAAAAGGUUGUGCUCCAGAUCAAAAGCCUCAGCCAGCUGCAGAAAGACUCUAUGAUUGUCACCGUACGAAGAAUGCAGUUGACAUGAGAACAUUGCUGUCAAGAGAAAUAUGUUUUGCCGUGAUACAUGCAGUUAUUGUAACGAUGAUCCAUGAAGAUUUGGUUGAUAUGGGAUUUCAAACUGUCACUGGAAUCUAUGAAGCGGCAUGA